AUGGAUAUCUUUCAACUUAAUGAAUUAGCAGAUGAUAUGAUGAACUUAUAUGAUGAUGACUUCUACAAUUUUCUUGAAAAUUCAUUAAAUAAACAUUUAUAUGAGCUUUUUCGAGUGCAGACUAUUCAACAUGUGACUUCAUUGUCGUCAAUAACAAUUGAUCAAAUAAUAGAAAUACUUACUGCUGAUAUUAUUAAUUUGAAUAAUUUGAAAAAAUCACUUGGUUUUGUAACAACUGAUGGAAAAUUUCAUCUCCGAUUUGGUCAUCGAGAUUUAUUAGAAUGUUUAUUAAUAUUAGGAAAAUCAAAGAAAAAUUUGUCUAUUAAAGAUUUCGAUCUUACAAAUAAAUAUAUGAAAAAUCAAACUCAUGAAAAAAUUUUAGAAAUGUGA